AUGAUCGUCUGUAAAAGAUACCCUUCUUUAGUUUUUGGGACGCCCAAGUCAUCCAAGAGUUUAAUUGCGAAAAACAGUCCUCUCUGGCAAUACAUACUGGAUCACUCUCUGCGGGAACAUCCAAUUCUAAAGAAGCUGCGUCUGCUCACCCUUGAGCAUCCCUGGGGCAGAAUGAUGGUGUCUUGUGACGAGGCUCAGCUUAUGGCAAACUUGGUCAAACUCAUUAAAGCCAAGAAAGUUAUUGAAAUAGGUGUUUUCACAGGUUAUAAUGCCUUGAAUAUGGCACUUGUCCUGCCAGAUAACGGCCGAGUUAUUGCCUGUGAUAUAAACGAGGACUAUGCCAAAAUUGGAAAGCCACUGUGGAAGGAGGCAGGAGUAGAGCAUAAAAUUGACCUGCGGAUUAAGCCAGCAAUUCAAACACUUGAUGAACUGCUGGCCAGCGGAGAAGCGGAAACCUUUGACUUUGCCUUCAUUGAUGCGGAUAAAGAGAGCUACAAUGAGUACUAUGAAAAAUGCUUGCGACUCAUAAGGAAAGGGGGAAUAAUAGCCAUUGAUAAUGUCCUUUUUGGUGGGAACGUGCUAAAACCAAGGAAGGACGACUUGGCAGUGCAGAGCAUCCACCGCCUCAACGAGAAGCUGCUCCGAGACUCCCGCAUCAGUAUCAGCAUGCUCCCCAUGGCGGAUGGAGUCACACUGGCAUUCAAGCUGUAGCUCCAGGAAGCCCAGCAGAUGGGAAAUAACAAGCAGCGGCGAAUCAUCAGGAAAAAUGCCAGUGGAGCAGUAUCAAAAAUGGUAAUUUAACCUUUAUCUCCACUGGAUAGCAUAGCCUGGGAGAGUAGACUUUAGGAGCAGCAGUGUCCUAAGGGUGGCUAAGUAGAGAAGAGAGACUUAUUUUGAGAACUACUCUGGUUUCUUAUUUUAAUUGUAAUAAAGCAAAUAAACUUAUGGGAAAUGUUCCUUGUAAGACAGUGGUUGAAAAAAAAUCUCCCUCUAUUGAAUGUCUGAGUUCCAAGUGAGUCAAUACAACAAGGUAAUUUUCUAUCCUCAAAUAGGCUCUUGAGUAGCAGAAUAAUUGGUCCUACCAUCAAAAGAAGUGGAGUUUACUAAUGUUUAUAGCCAUAAUAGAAAAAUGGAUUUUAAUGAAAUGACAUCAAGGAGAUUGCUAUCCUUCUCAAACUACAAAUAUUGAAAGUCAUUCUUUAUCCUUGAAGAGUACUACAUAACAAGUCUCAAAUAGACAUGAUUUGAAAAAAAAAAAGCUCUCUUUAAAAGCUUGCCAAAGGACAAACAGUAUUUGCUGUACAUUUGCAAUACAGUAUUUGCACUCUCUGAAA